ACAAAGGAACAUGAAGAAGCAUUCCAAAAAUUAAAAGAAAAACUCAUUGAUGCGCCUGUAUUAUUGUACUCAAAUUUCAAAAACAAGUUUAUUCUCGCUACUGAUGCAUCAAAACUUGGACUAGAUGCUAUUCUUUCACAACUCGACCCUGAUGAAAAUGAACGACCUAUAGCAUAUGCAAGCAGAGAAUUAUCACCCGCCGAACAAAACUAUGCCGCUCACGAGAUGGAAUGCUUAGCCAUCAUAUGA